AUUAUAAAUAAAUCUAAUUAAUAAACAUUCUAUAUUUUAAUUAAAUUAAAAUUUCAAUAAUCUAAGGGUAUAAUCGUAUUAACAUUAAUUAAAAUUUUAAUAGGACAAAAAACUUAGACAAAAUCUUAUGAUGACAAAUCAAAGUUCAAAGUGUCCUAUAUUUCCAAUUUUCCCUAAUUUUAAGGACCACUGGUUUUCCCUGCAAAUGGAUUUGAACAGAAAGGUCUCAAGACAGAUAGAUCAUCACCAAAUGAAUAAACUUAGGUCCCAAGAACGUCUUACCUUGAUGUUUUCUUCAGUUAGUUCAGCGGCGUCACUAGGAGGAAAAUCAUUGACAUUGUUUGAGAAAAAAACUUUCACGGUUUUAGGACUUGAAAAGUUCCUAUAAUCAAGCAAAAGUUUAAUCACAACGACAAAGUUAACAACAACAAGGCAGGACUAAAAUCAAUCACAGUAACCUAAUAUUCUUCAUUCAAUAUUUACAAAUCAUAUACCUUCUUCCUCUUCAGGGCCUUUGAUAGCAAAGGAAUGUAGUUUGAUAACUUGGUUGAAAGGAAUAUAGAUUAGGAGUUGCUCAUCAGCAUCGCCCUCUAAGUUAAACCUAAACAAGUAAAUCAAUCAAUCUCAGCUCACUCACCAAACGAUCAAGAAUCAAACAAUUCGAAAACUAUAGAUAAAAAUAACAAAACUGGUAUAGAGACAGAGAACUAGUUAAACUACCUGCCUGCUUGAGAGCGUUGGGUAAAGAGUGUAGUUGAGCUUUGGUUAAGGCAUCGAACACCAGACCAGUCAAAUGAAAUCUAACAGAUCAACCUGACACAACCAAUCAAAACAAAUUCAUAGAUCAAUUACAUCAGAAGAACCUAAGAUUCGAAAAUCUCAAUAGACAGAACCCUAAAUAUUCUACCCAUACAAAAAGAAAAUUGACAAUUAUUUCACCUGUCCCUUAGGAAAUUGGCUGGCAGAUUAUCAAGGCUCCCUCUAACUUCACUCACAGAAAUGUCGGAAAGACACUUGUUUCCAGAACUCAGGAUUCGUAGCAAGAUGAGGGAGAUCAUGAUCAAGGAAGCUUCGUCUUGUGACCUCAAGGAGCUUGUUGCCAAGUUUAUUCCCGAAUCUAUUGGCAAGGAUAUUGAGAAAGCCAAUUCAGGGCAUCUACCCUCUUCAGAAUGUUUUCAUCCGUUAAGUCAAGAUCCCAAGUUCGACCUUGGAAAAAAGCUUAAGGAGGCUCUUCACGGAGACUACACAGCAGUGGAUGUUGGUGUGAAGGUUGACAGGCCGGCCGUCGAGGAACCUACUGAGAUUAUUGGAGCCUAAGAUAUAUAUGUUUUUGAAGAAAUGUGAUGAGACAUUAUUUUUUCAUCUAAAACUUUUACCAUCCUUAAUGUUCUUUUCCCACUCGUUUGCUUCCUCGGCUUCUUUUUUUUUUUUAAUCAUAAACUUGGGAGUUUUGGACAAUUGAGUGUUAGAUAACUGCUAAUAUAAAAAUUUGUCCCAAACUUGACGCAUCAUCAUCAGUCAAUAAUGGUCAUGUCAUUUUAAUACCAUAUAAUAUAUUCGACUCGUAUGUACAAUGUUGUUUUCAAUAGUAUUACAAGUUUACAACAUAUCCUAUUGCAAAUAUCAAAACUUAGUAAAUAACAGGUAAACCAGGAAAUUUGUUCAAACCGGAAGCUGAUGCUAUGGUAUUUGUCAUGGCAUUAUUAUAACAGAACUAGACAGAGAGGCAAACAAGUACGAAGGGUUCGACGUUUAUGAGAGUCAAAUUUACAAAGGCCUCAAGAGUGGGUAAUCUUCAAGUAGCUCCCUUUCUGACAAAGUGUCCUUCUCAUUCUGCGGUGUCCACAGUACUU